UCUGAAGUCUGAACAGAUUGAAACUGAUCUCCAUCUCCACCUCAACCUCGGCCUUCCCUUUCCACCCUCCCAUCUCCUUACCGGAGCUCUCUCUUCCCAUCCCUUCUUCUCUCUCCGGAAACUUCUUGAUGGCCACCAGCAUAUCAACCAUCAAAACGCCGCGGCGAUUUCUCUUCAUCGCAUCGAUCGGAAACAUUCGCCCCUAUCGAAGUACGCGCCACAGCGCCGGCCACAUCCUCCUCGAUGCCCUCAGGCCCCUCCUCCCCGCCCGAAUACCCUUCGUCUCCUCCAACCCGCAAGCCGCCACCGGCCCCAUCUUCCAUCACACCUGGUACAGCCCGUCGUACAUGAACGAGUCGGGUCCCAAGCUCGUCCGUCAGCUGAGCCGGUGGAUGGCUGCCACGCAGACCGACCUGCUGGAGCGCGUCGUCCGCCCGGGGCAUAUCGCGCUCGUCCACCCCGAGGAUCAGCCGCAGCCGGAGCACGAACGCGGGCGUGGGAAAGGGCCCGAGUGGCAGCGUCGCGGCGUGGACCCGGGCUCGCUGACCCGGUUCAGCCCCACGCUGGUGAUCCUGCACGACGAGCUGGAGGCGCCGCUGGGCAAGGUCAAGGUGCGGCGUGGCGGGCCGGAGACGGCCAGUCUGCGCGGCCAUCGCGGCCUGAUCAGCGUCAUGGAGAGCCUCCGAGGGAAGGGCCUCUAUCCGCCGCGAGGGGCCACUAACGCAGAUGCGCCGGGUGAACUGGCCGUCCUGCGCGUCGGCGUGGGCAUCGGUCGUCCGUCCACGCGCAAUCGCGGCGACGUUGCCAACUUCGUUCUGACCGAGAUGGAUGCCGCCGAGCUGUCGGCCGUCAAGGCCGCCGCCGGUCCGGUGUUGGAUAUUCUGGCCGAUGAGCUCUAUCGCGGAGACUAGUGUCGGCGAUGUUGACCCCGGUGUAUUAAUAGAUAUAGAUGUAUAGACUUGAAUAGUAGACAGAUAAGAUACCC